CUCUUCUUCCAUUUGGUACAGAAAAAUCGAAACUUUUUAGGGUUUUUUUUUUUGUGAUAACGAGAGAGAAAAAAGUGAUGGACUUGUCGGUUGAGAACGGAGGUUUAGCUCCAGGUUUUAGGUUUCAUCCGACGGACGAAGAACUUGUCGUCUAUUAUCUCAAAAGAAAGAUCCGUCGGAAAAAACUCAGAGUCGAAGCAAUCGGCGAGACUGAUGUCUAUAAGUUUGAUCCUGAGGAAUUACCUGAGAAAGCGUUGUAUAAGACUAGAGAUCGUCAAUGGUUCUUUUUCAGCUUAAGGGAUAGGAAACAUGGAAGUAGGUCAAGUAGAGCUACUGAACGUGGCUAUUGGAAAGCAACAGGGAAGGAUAGAGUCAUUCAUUGUGAUUCGAGACCCGUUGGAGAGAAGAAGACUCUUGUUUUCCAUAGAGGCAGGGCACCUAAUGGCGAACGGACUAAUUGGGUGAUGCAUGAGUAUACAUUGCACAAAGAGGAGCUCAAGAGGUGUGGUGGUGAAGAUGUUAAGGAUGCUUAUGUUCUUUACAAGAUUUAUAAGAAAAGUGGGUCUGGUCCUAAGAAUGGUGAGCAAUAUGGAGCUCCUUUUAUUGAAGAAGAAUGGGCUGAAGAUGAUGAUGAUGAUGUUGAUGAGCCUGCUAAUCAGCUCGUUGUUUCGGCUAGUGUUGAUAAUAGUUUAUGGGGGAAAGGGCUUAACCAAUCUGAAUUGGAUGAUAAUGAUAUUGAAGAGCUGAUGAGUCAGGUUAGAGAUCAGUCUGGUCCAACAUUGCAGCAGAAUGGGGUGUCUGGACUGAACUCUCAUGUAGACACGUAUAAUCUGGAGAACCUGGAGGAAGAUAUGUAUUUGGAAAUCAAUGAUCUUAUGGAACCUGAACCUGAACCAACUUCUGUGGAAGUCAUGGAGAAUAACUGGAACGAGGAUGGUUCUGGUCUCCUGAAUGAUGAUGAUUUCGUUGGUGCUGAUUCAUAUUUCCUUGAUUUGGGAGUGACAAAUCCUCAGUUAGAUUUUGUUAGUGGUGAUUUGAAAAAUGGGUUUGCACAAAGUCUUCAGGUGAAUACUUCUUUAAUGACUUACCAGGCCAAUAAUAACCAGUUCCAGCAGCAAUCAGGGAAGAACCAAGCUAGUAACUGGCCACUCCGUAACAGCUAUACCAGACAGAUAAACAAUGGAUCAUCGUGGGUGCAGGAGCUAAACAAUGACGGACUUACCGUUACCCGGUUUGGUGAGGCGCCUGGUACAGGUGAUUCAUCUGAAUUCCUAAACCCUGUUCCUUCUGGUAUAAGUACAACUAAUGAAGAUGACCCGUCAAAAGACGAGUCUAGUAAGUUUGCUUCUAGUGUAUGGACUUUCCUGGAAUCCAUUCCUGCAAAGCCAGCAUAUGCAUCAGAGAAUCCAUUUGUGAAGCUGAACCUUGUUAGAAUGUCAACCAGUGGUGGUCGUUUCAGGUUUACUUCUAAAAGCACAGGUAAUAAUGUUGUUGUUAUGGAUAGUGACUCAGCAGUGAAGAGGAACAAGUCUGGAGGAAACAACGAUAAGAAGAAGAAGAAGAACAAAGGUUUCUUUUGCUUAUCGAUCAUUGGGGCUUUAUGUGCUUUGUUUUGGGUGAUCAUAGGAACAAUGGGAGGUUCAGGGAGGCCUUUGUUAUGGUGAGAACCGAAAAAUCCAAGAGGUUAAGAGACAUAAAGGCUUGGUUUUGUGUGAACCAUUAGAGAGUCAAGUCAUUGUAAUUAUUCUCUUGGAUUAUUAGAUUCAGAAGCUGUUUAGUAUCACAGUUUAUGCUUGGAAGUUUUCUCUGGUAUUGUUAAAAAAGUACCAAUAGAAAUAAGCAAAAGAAUUUUCUUAUCUUUUAGGAUAUUUGAACAAAUGAUGUUACUUAACUAGAUUAUUAACUUGGAGGUUGUUGUA